CAUACGCACGCGCGUACACACUAGCGCACGAGCUCAUACAUACGCACACACACGCACACUCAUACAAACGUACACUAUCUCGUAAUCAAAAAUACACGAGUACAUACAUACGCAUACAUACACACACAUACACUCUCUUUCGCAUACAUACUCUCUCAGAUCGACACACAAACACACACAUAUAUACAUACACGCGCAUUGUCUUUCUCUGAAAUAUUAAUAUACAUACAUACGCAGUCAAAUUCUCACACACACACAUACAUACAUACAUACACACAGUCUCUUCCUCUCUUUCUAUUUCACAUAUGUAUUCACCAUCUCGUAAUUAAAAUACACAUACACACACUAUCUCUUUCACGUAUAUACACACACACAUUCUCUCUUUUGUACAUAUAUAUAUAUACACACAUGCUUUGUUUUUCUCUGGAAUAUUGAAACACACACACACACACAUUUCCACUACAGACAUGCGCGCACAUAGCGACUCGGUUUGUCCGUCCGACCAUGUGUUCAUUGUCAAUACAUUUAAAUAUAUUUAUAUACGUACACAUACAUAUAUGUCCGUGUACAUAUAAGCGCCAUAUGACUGUAUAAUGUCACACUGCUCGCCGGACUAUGGAAUUGAACCUGCGUAGAAAAUCUCACCCGAUGUCGGCGCUGGAGAGCACGCCUGGUUGUGCAGCAAGUUCCAAGCAGUACUUCAAGCACCGUGUGAGGCCCCAUGACAGUAUCAUAGCGAUAUCUCUCAAAUACGAUGUCUCAGUGGAACAGUUAAAACGAGAAAACAAAUUAUGGUCAAACGAUGCCUUAGUCCUCCGCGAAUUCCUACUGGUACCGGUGACCAAAGAGAACUCCAAAUGCGUGCCCGCUGGCUCCGAGAUUGUUCGAGCUGCCACCCUGAAGUCCGAUACAGACUCUGUCCGAACGGCUAGCAAUAGCAGCAGUAACGGUCCUUGUGAAGACUGCGACAGCGAAAGGGUGUCCAGUACGAGUGCGCCGGAUUUAUCGGCCAAAGACUUUCUAAACAAAUAUGAUUCCAGCAUUGCACAGCUCAAGUCAAAUGUGCAAAGAAUGGAAGAAAGUACUAGUUUACAGAAUGUCUGUUGGACAGCCAAGCAUUCCCCGUUGCAUGAGUGUCACAGCAGCGACGACAAUACUGCAAGCAACAACAACACAGCCCUUCCAUCGCAGUCACAAACGGGCUGCUCCCAGAACACAUCUGCAGGCAAGCUGCUCCCCAAAAGCAUCAGUUUUGACAACAACUCCUCUCCGGUCCUAGUGAUCCGCUCACGAACAAAACAAGUAAAAUCCAGCCUCCAGAAGUCCGAGCAAACAAACAACGAACUGUUCCAGCUUUGAUUCUUUUAGGAAUUCAUAAUUCUUUGAUUUAUUACACCCCCACCUUUUUUUUAAUUGUAUUUUAUUUAUUUAUUUUUUUUUUGGUCCCUGAAUUUUGGAUUUGAACUAACCAUCAACCAUGCCACUGUAUAACUGUAUAUCUGUCAUUGGCUAUGGUACAAUCCCCCCUUUUCCAUUGUGCAAAGUUGUUUUGAAUAAUAUUUAUUAUUUUUUAUUAUUGUUGUUAUUAAUAGAGGAGGAUUGGACAUAUUUGUUAGAAGAACAGUGAAUGAAAUGCUGCUACCUUU